AUGCCGACGUUUAGAGGAAAAGUCAGGGUUGGAGUAUUGAUUGUUGUGGUAGUAGGGAUUUGUCUUGCUGCUUUGUAUGGUUUAUUGAAGCCUAUUUCGAAUGGAUGUCUUAUGACCUAUAUGUAUCCGACCUACAUUCCUAUUACGUCUUCGGAAAGUGUUACGCCGGUGAAGUAUGGGUUGUAUUUGUAUCACGAAGGUUGGAGAAAGAUUGAUUAUAGGGAGCAUCUUAAAAAACUUAGUGGUGUACCUGUUCUUUUCAUUCCAGGCAAUGGGGGAAGCUACAAACAGGUGCGAUCUUUGGCAGCAGAAUCUGACAGGGCAUAUCAAAAUGGUCCCCUUGAGCAUUCAUUUUACCGAGAAGCUUCCCAAAUACCCAAAGAAGGAGAUGCAGAUAUAAGUUUCUCCAAUUUCCAAUUACCUAACCAGUACACUAGCAGGCUAGACUGGUUUGCCGUUGAUCUUGAAGGCGAACAUUCUGCCAUGGAUGGUGCAAUUCUUGAAGAGCACACUGAAUAUGUUGUAUAUGCUAUACACAAGAUUUUGGACCAAUAUAAUGUGUCUUAUGAUGCUCGAACAAAAGAAGGUGCUGCGAAUUCUGGAAGUUUGCCCAAAAGUGUCAUAUUGGUUGGUCAUUCUAUGGGUGGUUUUGUUGCUAGAGCUGCUGUUAUCCAUCCCCAUCUUAGGAAAUCAGUAGUUCAAACUGUUCUUACACUCUCAGCCCCACAUCAAUCACCUCCUGUGGCAUUGCAGCCUUCUCUGGGUCAUUACUUUGCACGUGUAAAUUCAGAAUGGAGAGCAGGAUACGAGAUGCAAACCACUAACACGGGACAUUUUGUGUCUAGUCCAAUACUCUCUGACGUUGUUGUUGUAUCUAUUUCUGGAGCAUACAAUGAUUAUCAGGUACGUUCAAAGUUAGCAUCACUUUAUAAUAUUGUGCCACCAACACAUGGCUUCAUGAUCAGCAGUACAGCCAUGAAAAAUGUGUGGUUGUCAAUGGAACAUCAGGCUAUAAUGUGGUGUAAUCAACUGGUUGUUCAAGUAUCACACACCCUUCUCAGCUUGAUAGAUGCCAGAACCGGACAACCUCUUUCUGAUUCUCGGAAGAGGCUGGAAGUUUUGGCAAGAAUGCUGCAUAGUGGAAUAUCACAUAAUUUCAACCAGAUGAUGCAAUUACCCUCUUCUAAACUGUCUAUGAACAUUCCAGUCCAGAAUACAAAAGAUACCUCUGGAUCUCAAAUGCCGAGGUCAGUUACAUGUCCUCACAAUAUUCAUUGGAAUGAUGGGGGCCUUGACAGAGACCUAUACAUUCAGAUAAAUGAGGUGACUGUAUUAGCAAUGGAUGGUCGAAGGCGGUGGUUGGACAUACAAAAAUUGGGUUCAAAUGGAAAAAGUCAUUUUGUGUUAGUGACCAAUCUUGAGCCAUGUUCUGGAAUCAGACUUCACCUGUGGCCUGAAAAGGGAAAGUCAACCUCAGAUUUGCCUCUCAAUGAUAGGGUUGUGGAGGUAACAUCUAAGAUGAUGCAUAUUCCCUCAGGUCCAGCACCACGGCAGCCUGAACCUGGCAGUCAAACCGAGCAACCUCCUCCAUCUGCUGUAUUUUGGCUAGGACCUGAAGAUAUGCAUAGCUUCAGAUUUUUAACAAUCUCAGUUGCACCUCGUCCGACUGUUUCAGGAAGACCACCACCAGCGGCAUCUAUGGCAGUUGGACAGUUCUUUAACCCAGAGGAAGGAAAUAAAGAUUUAUCUCCAUGGUUUAUGCUCCAAUCUACCUAUUCGCAAAAGGAAUUGCUGUUGGAGGAAUCUCAUCCUCUAGCUGUUAAAUUAUCAUUUUCCAUUAGCUUGGGCCUUCUUCCUGUUACUUUGUUUAUGAAUACCGUCAGUUGUGGAAUUAGAAACUCUGGACUUCCAGAAGAAGAGGCUGGGGACCUUGAAAGUAGUAGGCUCUGUAAAUUGCGCUGUUUUCCCCCUGUUGCACUUGCUUGGGAUGACAUAUCUGGACUUCAUAUAUACCCAAAUUUGAACAGUGAAACAAUUUUUGUUGAUUCCUCACCAGCACAGUGGAGUUCCACUCAGCAAUCUGAUAAAACCAUUGUUCUUCUUCUGGUUGACCCACAUUGUUCUUAUAAAAGUAGCAUUUCAAUUUCUUUCAGUGCUGCUGCAAGUAGGCUUCUGCUAUUGUAUAGUUCGAAGAUUAUUGGUUUCUCUAUUGCCGUUGUUUUCUUUGCUCUAAUGCAGCAAGCAUAUUCUUGGGAUCUUAAUCUACAGAUACCGUCAAUGCUGACUGCUGUGGAAUCCAAUUUGACACUGAUGUCACAUUUCUUUCCCCUAGCCAUUCUACCUAUUUUCUUUGCCUUGUUCCUUUCCUUCAUGAUGUCUCAACCAUUUCCUUCACUUGCUAGCUUCACCAGCAUCUCUCUAAUUUGUUAUAUCGUAGCAAAUGGGCUUAUAGCCAUUAUAAUUUUGAUAUCUCACUUGGUAUUCUUUAUGGCCGCGGUUACACAUAUUUUCAUCAAGGCAAGGUGGCAAAUGUGGGAACAAAAUGUUCGACUUAUAUUUCUCCGAAGGUUUUUUAAUCGUUCGUCUAGCUUCUUUUCUCUUAAGGUGAUUCGGGUUCUAAGAGCAAAUCCAGUACUAGUUACAGUGAUUACUGCAGUGACCUUGGCAUGCUUGGUUCAUCCAUCCUUUGGUCUCCUUGUACUUCUCGUUGCUCAUUUUUUCUGCUGUCACAAUGCAUUAUGCAGCAGUUUCCUGACAGCAUCAUGUCGCAGCCAUGAACAAAAUAACGAAACUGUCGAUUUUAAUAGUGAUGAAUACAAGGUAUCUGAAAGACAGAAGUACAAUUUUGAUGGUAGUUUUAACCGGACUUUUCUUUCAGAAGACAACUCCAACAGUCCAGGUUCAUCAAAAAGUUUUGGUGAAGCACAAUUAGAUGUGUUUCAUCAUCGCCAUGGUUUGUUGGUAUUGCAUCUUCUUGCAACAUUGAUGUUUGCCCCUUCUGUUGUAGCUUGGUUUCAGAGGCUGGCAAUGGGUGAGAGCCUCCCAUGGCUCUUAGAUUCAGUACUUUGCAUUGGCGUCAUACUUCAUGGCAUCUGCAAUUCGAAGCCUGAGUUCAAUUCAUUCUUUUUGUCUAUCCCUGGGGUACCCUUCAGUAAUGUUAGACUAUACGUUGUCUAUCUCAUAGCUGGAUACUGGUCUUAUUUUUCUGGUCUUGCUUUGUCUCCGGACAGAGCAUUUUAUGCUAUGGCGGCUGUUGGGUGCAUUUCGUUUGCUCUAAGGAUGAUUAAUAGAAGGAGCGGGGACACAAAAGAGGUUACUUAUGGCAGCCGAAAACAUUCUCACAGACACUAA